CAAAAAUUGAGAAACCGGGUGAAACAUAAGCUAAAAAAAAUAGGCGACGGCCACUUAAUCACCGCCGUUUAUUCCUUGGAGUAGAUAUUUUCCGUUGUGUAAAGUUGGAGAAAACAAGAAAUGGCUGACCACUCCGACGAUUUAGACGAACUUCUUGACACCGCUUUGGAUGAUUUUCAGAGCCUUAAUCUCGCAUCUUCUGCUCAAAGAUGUGUAGAUGAUGGAGGGAACAAGGUAGAGGGUUGUACAUUGACUAGUGGGAAUGUUCAAGGGUUAGGAAUGGGGUUGCCUGAUUUGAAGACCAAGAAAAAGGGUAAACAAAAGGUACCACUACCACCGACAAAGCAAGAAUCACACAUCACGGAUGCACUUGAUCAGUUGAGGGAGCAAACUAGGGAGGCGGUGAAAGGCUUGGAAUCGGUGUCUGGGCCUCGGCCCCCGUUGGCUGGAGAUGGCUUUGGUGCAGACCCAAUGAUGGAGGAUUGGGUCAAGCAGUUUGAGGAGCUUGCAGGCACACAGGAUAUGGAGUCAAUUGUAGAAACCAUGAUGCAACAGCUCCUAUCCAAGGAAAUCCUUUACGAACCUAUGAAAGAAAUUGGUGAACGCUACCCAACAUGGUUGGAAAAGAAUAAAUCUGAACUGACACAUGAAGAGUACACCCGAUAUUCGAAUCAAUACCAGUUUAUUAAAGAUCUGAAUCAAGUGUAUGAAGCCGAGCCUGAAAACUUCAACAAGAUUGUUGAGCUUAUGCAGAAAAUGCAAGACUGUGGUCAACCACCCAAUGAUAUCGUGCAAGAGCUUGCCCCAGACUUUGAUCUAUCGAAUCUCGGACAAUUGUCGCCAGAAAUGUUCGAGUCUCAACAGAAUUGCCGUAUCAUGUGAGAGAAGAUACAAGUGUUGAGAAGUUGAAAAUUAUGAAAUAUAGGCAUGUCCUCAGAUUAAUGUUCUUUUACAUUAGUUUUCAGCUAUGUUUGAAUAUUUUCAGCAUACUGAGUUACCGGAGAGGAUCACGAGCUACUCAUGGUUUUUCAUUGCGAGAAAGGUAUAUUGUCCGAGCAAGAAAAUGGUGCUGCCUUAAAUAUAUUAAAAAGCGAAAGGGUUAUUGCUA